AUGCGGCAGCGCACGAGUCCCAAGACACUGCAGCAGCAGCAGCGGAAGGGAGAAACGGGAGCGCCAAUCGUCGUGGGCUUUGCAGUGAGCAGCGUCUUGUUCAGCGGCGCGCUGCUCUUUUGUGGCGCGCUACUGGUCGUGGUGGGCAUUGCGUUGCUGCACUGCAGCAAUGGGAAGGCGAAGCAGCAGAGAUUGAGCCUUGCGAGCGUCGUCCAUCGCCUCUUGGCGCUACGUCGGAGUGCGUUGGACUACUCGCUGACGCUCUCGAUCGCGCCCAGGGACGAGCGUUGCCAGACGCAGAGCAAAGUGCCGAGGAUUGCGGCAGCAGCACCGCUGACUGUUGUGUCGCAGAAGGUGGAGACGGCAACGAUGGCGUCAAAGCCGGAGAACUUGCAGCUGGGGCAGAAGAACGAGACGACUGCUCUUGCAAGCAGUGCCUCGAUCGCGACGCGUGACGUCUUGCCACGGAUCAGGAGACUGAAAGAGCAGCACCGGAAGCAAAAAGCAAAACAGGACAAUGUAACGUCCAGCGCAUUGACGACGUCCGUGAAGGCUGUGCACGUGCGGACCGGAAGCAAGAAGAUGCAGCCUGUAAAAGCAAAAGGCUUCGCCAUGGCACCAAAGGCGGUGCAAGAGAUUGGGCCCGACCAAGAACUUGCAGAGACGGUUUUUUCGCCGGAGGAGGUCUCACCGUCGUCACAGCCAACGGUGCCGACACACGUCGGCGUUGCUGUCUACCACUGGUAUGAUGGAACCGAACUUUUUGCGGACAUUGAGCUGGACCCGAUAUCAAAGCCAGCAAGGUUGGCCUCGUUGAGCUCUCAGCGUUUCAAGUCCGAGGGGAAUGCUGAGUUGCGCUUGAUGUUGGACGAGCUCGAUGCGAUCCGUUUGGAGCUCGACCCUGCAAUGGCUCGUUGCACGUCGCUGCUCGAUGGCGGAAAAGAAGCUAAGGAACUGCAUUGA